GAAGUGCCGAGCAAAGGCCAGAAGGGCAGGAGAGGACUACCACAGACCAGAGACGGUGGCCUGUCCUAAGCCAGGAUCCCUGUGCCAGCCCCGGCUGUAGGGGGCCAUGAGCUCCGUGCUGUCAACCUUCUUGCAAGAGCUCCCAGGCCCGUUCCUAGUCCUGGGGAUCUUCCUGCCCGUGACUUUGCUGCUUUUCCUCCUGAUUGCCUACUUCAGGAUCAAGCUGAUGGCAGUUGAUGAAGAACUGUCCCAAAUUUCUGAUCGCCAAAACAAGUAUGGUUCUUCCCCACACAGGCGAAUGAGACGAAGAUGACUGUUGGGAUGACUCCGUGGCCAGAUCGCCGUGAAUUUCUAAAAGCCACAGAGAGCAGUGGUCAACAGAACCACGGGGAAAUGAGAAAGAACAGUGGAUGCCCCAGCUACUAUCAGAAGACUUCUGUGUGAUCUGGUUAAUGGCAUUUCUUCAGAAAGUACCAAGGACUUACAUUUUUCUUUAAUGUGCUCAGUGCAUGAGGCUCAUUAUGAGUUUCUUUUGUUGUGACUUUAUUUACUUGGGGGCAGACGUUUUUAAAAUAAAAUUCCUACACCUCAUCA